AAUAAAUAACAAUGCAGGGAGAGCAUUGCCACAGUACCCGUCGUCGUGGAUGUCGUCGUCGUCGUUGUUGCUGCCGUGGUGGCCAUGAACGUCAGCUUGCCGUAGUUCGUUACCAGCUGCAGUGGAACCCGAUCGUUGCAGCCUUUUGCAGGACGUUCUUCGUGCGGGACGGGAUGUUUACCGUCUUAUAUAACGACAGUGUGUGCAGUGCAAGCGACAGCGUGUUUGGACGAUCGUGUUGAGCGCCUCCAGCGCCUUGCGUACGAGAAAGUAUAGGAUAUCGUUUGGUUUAGUUCGUUUGUUCACAAUGGAUAAAACGGUCCCGGAGCCAAGUGCUUCGAAGCCUCCCGCCGCUGUGAUGCAUUCUAAUAGCAGUAGCAGUGGUCCGAGCGUUACAGCAAGUGGAAAGGGCAAACGACCAUUUCUCGGUUUACUCUCGAAACGCUCGUCACGUGUUGAGCCGCAGCGAUGCUCGGAGAGCGAAGACGAGCAGCAAACGUUCGACAGUGGGUCGAGCUUUAGUCUGGUCGGGAAUCAUCAUACCGCUCCCGCAACACAACCAAGCAACAACAGUAGUAGCAAAAGCAAUGGAGGCACCGUUACCGCUACGAACACAUCAACCAGCAGCGCAAGCCAGCGGCAAGAUUCGUCUAACCCGAGUGAUACCAACUCGUACCAGCUGCUCUCGACGUCAUCGACGACGACUACUACCACCACGACCUCGUCGACCGGGCCGGAGGGUUCAGCGGUGACGAAAAUACCGACCGCUGUACGAAAGCGUGACGCGUCCUCUACCCGACUCUCGCUCGGCAAUCGUUUGAGCAAUUACGUAGCAGGAGCAAAUAACACAUCCGCCAGCACUGGCGGCGGAGCAGGCGGACAGUUCAAUCUCUGCUGCUCGAUCGACGAGGCGAUCGUGAAAUCACCGCCGCGCAAUCGAUACUCGCAUCCGGCGACUGGCAGCUGCAGUGCCGGUAGUGAUUCGUACGAUCUCGAGAUGCAGCAGCGUCGGCAGCAGCUGAAGCUGGAGCUAACUGCCAAGACGUGCACCAGCUAUCCGAUCGAAAAGUCGAGCCCGUUGCGCCACCGGCGACCGCUGGAAGUGGGCCCGCGGGUGGAAACACCCCAGGAAGAGGAGGACGUAAGCGGACGCAGCCCGAAGGCAAACGUUUCGCUCGUGAACAAUCGCGUCGUAACGAAGCCGAUCGUUUUCCGCGAGUACCAGAACCACACGCAGCGCGCCAUCAUGUCCAGCAAGUCCCGGUUCAAGGAGCGCUUUCUUCCACCGCUGCAUCGCUGCAACAUGGACGGGUACGAAAAGAUGGAACAGCACUACAGCUCGCCGAACAUUGCCGAAAAGGAAGACGAUCUGCUGCUGCCCGGUGGGUGCGAUUCGCUCGAUCAGCACGAAUCGCGCAAAUCCAUGUCGUUCGACAUGGUACCGACCGGUGCAGUCGGCGACGGCGGGACGGACGAGUCUGACGCGGGCGUAAAGGGACCGCCGGGCUCGGCAGAUUCCCUCGCCCGGCAGGCCCUGAUGGCUGCCCACGUGCUCAACUUGAUACCGGCGGAAAAGGCACGCCAGCGCAACUUUCUGCACGGCCGGCUCGGUUCUACGUCGCUGCUGGGUGCAACGGAGCUGGACAAAAUACUUCCCACCCGCGAGGUUACCAUCUUUAUCGGCACGUGGAACAUGAACGGCCAAAGUCCGCCGCGCAUGAACGAUUUUGUGCUGCCGACAGCACUCGAGCACGUGCCCGAUAUUAUUGUGUUCGGUACGCAAGAGUCCUGCUCGGAGCGGUUCGAGUGGGAGGUGACACUGCAGGAAACGCUCGGCCCAUCCCACAUUCUGCUACAUUCCACCAGCCUCGGUACGCUCCAUUUGGCCGCCUUCAUCCGGCGCGACUUGAUUUGGUUCUGCUCGGAACCGGAAGACGCCUGUCUGUCGGUGCGGCCCGGUACAGCCUUCCGCACGAAGGGUGCGGUGGCGAUCUCGUUCUGCCUGUUUGGCACUUCGUUCCUGUUUGUAACGUCCCAUCUGACAGCCCAGCAGAAGGUGAAGGAGCGCGUGUCGGACGUGAAGAAGAUCAUACACGCGCUCGACCUGCCGCGCAAUCUUACGGUGAAGCACCGGAACAAGGACGUCACGCAAAACUUUGACAGUGUGUACUGGUGUGGGGAUUUAAACUUUCGGCUGAGCGAACCCCGCGACAAGCUGAUGCAGUGGAUCGAAACGACACAGUUCCCGCUGCCGGCCCACCUGCCGCACGGUUUUAUGCACACGGAUCAGCUCACCUCGGUGCUUUCGGACGGGGCUGCGUUUCGGGGAUUCCGCGAGGCUAAAAUUACCUUCCCACCUACGUACAAGUACGAUCCCGGAACGCAGCGUUUCGAUUCCUCCAGCAAGCAGCGUGCGCCCGCGUACACCGAUCGUAUCCUGUACAAAUUUAAACCACUCCCGGUGACAACGGUGCAUCGGCGGGCAAAUUUGCCACCAGGAGGCAAAAUAUCGCAUCCUCCUUCUCCGGUCAAAUGUAUUGCGUAUGAUUCAGUGCAAAGCAUCACCUCGUCCGAUCACAAACCGGUAUGGGCACUGUUCCGGAAUAUCAUUCGACCUGGCAUUGACACCGUUCCAUUAGCGGCAGGACUGUUUAACCGUGAAGUUUAUUUGGAAGGCAUGAAGCGGCGCUUGGACAAUUCGGGAGCAGGCUCAUCUGCCGUGUGCAAUAUUCAAUGACGCCGGCUGUUUGACCGUUAAAGGUAAGAAAAGAUACGUAAGAAAGGCCCGGUGGAAGAUUGAGGAAGAUUUUUUCAACAAGAGGAUCGUAAGAGGACAUUUUAGCGCGAAAACAAGCAGGGAAUUUUAGUGGAACAAUGAAUUGAUCAAACCAAGCGAUUUGACAAUGCGCAAUGCUGGAGCUUACUAUUGAUAAGACAUAUAUAGCUUCCACAGAGUAAAGUGUUAAAACUAGAUCGAAACUCUACCAUUACAUAGAGCGGGCGUAAAAUUAGUG